AUGGGACAGGAUGCUUUCAUGGAGCUCUUCAGCAGCACGGUUGGGGUCUUUCAGUGCAAAAUAUACCUCCUUCUCUUAGCAGGUGCUUGUUCUGGGCUGAAGGUGGUGGUGCCAUCACACACAGUCCAUGGCAUCAGGGGCCAGGCUCUCUACCUCCCCGUACACUAUGGAUUCCACACUCCGGCAUCAGACAUCCAGAUCAUAUGGCUGUUUGAGAGACCCCACACGAUGCCCAAAUACUUACUGGGCUCUGUGAACAAGUCUGUGGUGCCCGACUUGGAAUACCAACACAAAUUCACCAUGAUGCCACCCAAUGCCUCCCUGCUCAUCAACCCAUUGCAGUUCACUGAUGAAGGCAAUUACAUCGUGAAGGUCAACAUUCAGGGAAAUGGAACUGUGUCAGCUAGUCAGAAGAUUCAAGUUACCGUUGAUGAUCCUGUCACGAAACCAGUGGUGCAGACUCAGCCUUCCUCUGGGGCUGUGGAGUAUGUGGGGAACAUGACCCUGACAUGCCUCGUGGAAGGGGGCACCCGGCUGGUUUACCAGUGGCUAAAAAAUGGGAGGCCUGUCCACACCAGCUCCACCAACUCCUUUUCUCUCCAAAACAACAGCCUUCAUAUUGUUCCAGUGACCAAAGAAGACAUUGGGAAUUACAGUUGCCUGGUGAAGAACCCUAUCAGUGAGAUGGAAAGUGACAUCAUUAUGCCUACCAUAUAUUAUGGACCUUAUGGACUUCAAGUUAAUUCUGAUAAAGGGCUAAAAGUAGGGGAAGUGUUCACUGUGGAUAUUGGAGAAGCGAUCUUGUUUGAUUGUUCUGCUGAUUCGUAUCCUCCCAACACCUACUCCUGGAUCCGGAGGACAGACAAUGUCACAUAUGUCAUUAAGCACGGGCCUCACUUGGAAGUUGCAUCUGAGAAAAUAGCCCAGAAGACAACUGACUACAUGUGCUGUGCUUACAACAAUGUAACUGGAAGGCGAGAUGAAACUCAUUUCACCAUCAUCAUCACUUCUGUAGGCUUCCCUUCUUCUUUCACCAUUUAAAACCUGAAAUCUGAAUCUGUGGGAGUUCACAAUAGGGGUCUCA